GAAUCACAACACUUGACUCAUCUGUGUGUAACUGCUCUUCUCUACUAGACUAGACUGAUAGACUCACCAACUAAAAGAGAGAGAACCACACAGAAACAGCAAAGAGUUGAACUUAAAGGAAUCUAUUCCGGCUGAAUUGGACUGGAGACAUGACCAAGGAGACUGAGACCCUGGGACUGGUUUUUCAGAGCGAGAACUUCAACUACAACCACUACACAAACUACAUCAUGGACUCCUGGUCCUACUUGGAGACCCCUGUCCCUGAGCCAAACUACUCCAAACCCAGACUCCACCCGGGAGACGACCUGACAGCUUUAACCAUGCUCUAUGAACAGUGCAAGAGCCAGAAAGAGCAGAAGAUUGCUGCCUGCAACCGUGGGAGUAACAUCAACAAAAUAACAGAGAGGGCUCCAGCCCAUACCAACGAGCUUGUUUCACUUGAGGCGUCCGCCAACGUCAUGAAGAUGCUCGCUGAAAGCAUUCCCACCAGCCAUCCCCAGGAAGUUUUGGGAUCCAAGCAGAACUCCUCCCUGCCCAUCUCCGCUCCCACCACCUCAGACACCUACACCACCCUGACCAGCGUAGUGGCUGACACUUAUGACAAGCAGGAGCUCAAUAACAUCUUUGACUCCCUGCUGCAGAAGUGGCCAGAACCUGGUCCUUUCCCUGACCCCAGCAGUGAGGCUCUUCCCUACAGCGAUCCCUUCCCCGAGGACCAGUCCAGCCCCGUCUACUCUGGAUCCUACACUGGCUCCCCACCAGAGGGAUUCAGAAGUGAGUUCCAGUUUGCCCUGGGAGCUCCCCCAGCUGCCCCUUGCAAGUCCAGCGAGCUGCCCAUGGUCUACCUGAACAAGGGACAGUUCUACCCCAUCACUCUCCAGGGAGUGGACAGCAGUGCCUGCCUCACUGCCACCAAAGUCAAAACAGUAGUGAUGGCUGUGUUCGAGAAUGACAAGAGCCCAGAAAUGCAGCUCCGCUUUUGGAAUCACUGGCAUGCACGUCAGCCAACCGCCAAGCAGAGGGUCAUUGACAUUGCGGACUACAAAGAAGUGUUCAGCGGCAUCAGCAACAUAGAGGAGGUGGCUUUCAAUGCUCUCUCCUUUGUGUGGAACCCCAGUGAAGAGGCCAAGGUGUACAUUGGCAUCAACUCCCUGAGCACAGACUUCUCCUCUCAGAAGGGAGUGAAAGGCCUGCCUCUGAACCUGCAGAUUGACACUUAUGACUUCAGCUCAGGAACCAACCAGCUCAUCCACAGAGCUGCCUGCCAGGUCAAGAUUUUCUGUGAUAAGGGUGCAGAGAGGAAGAUGCGCGAUGAAGAGAGGAAGAGGAGCAAGAGGAGGGGAAAGAACGUUAAUGAUCCAGCCAACAAGUCUUUAGUGACCAGCUCCAUGGGCCUUGACUGUACCUUCUUCCAGACUCUGGAUGAUCACAUCACACAACCAGUUCUCUUUAUUCCAGAAGCACACCUCUCCAGUUUACAGCGCAUGGCAGCUCCCAUGGACGAUAUCGAAAGGAGUUCUCUGAAGAGGCUGUAUCCAGACAGAGACCAGAACAGCUCUCCACCCAGCAAGCAAACCCGCAGAGAAGACCCACAGAGAGUGCUGUUGUACGUGAGGACAGGCACAGAGGAGGUGUUUGAUGCGCUCAUGCUCAGCACGCCAACUCUGUCAGGCCUCCGAGAAGCUAUUUCAAAAAAGUACGGCAUGACCAAAGACACCAUUGGGAAAAUCUACAAAAAAUGCAAGAGAGGGAUUUUGGUCAACAUGGAUGAUAACAUCAUUGAACACUACACCAACCAGCUGGCCUUCCUCAUCGAGAUGUCAGAGGUGGUUUCCGGUCAGUUCCAGGUCAUUCUCAUUGAAGUAUGAGAACAAGUCAGCUGUCUGCUCGAUUGAAGGAUGAAAAAAUGUCACAACACUGCCAGUUUAAACCAUCUCUCUAAGCACUGCCCAGUCAGAGACAAUGUCAGCUAUGGACUGCUGAAACCAAAGAGAGAACUAGGCUGAAGACACAUCUGCUGUUUUUGUGAUUACAGAUGAAAAUAUGAAACCAGUUUUAUUAUUUGAAUUUAAUAUUGUAACGUAAGAGCAUUUAUAAUGGACUGUACAUAGAUAACUAUUGUAAAUAGAUUUUAACUUGACAGUGUUUUAUUAACUAGCCAUGUAUAUUUUGCAACCCAUUUUCCACAAAUUGCUAUGUAUUUCAAUUUUUUUUUAUUUUUUACUGUGCCCUGUACAUGAGUUCUGUACAGCAUAUUUUCAGCAUUUUCAGAGGUUGCUAUUCUUGCUGCUUUGAGUGUACUCAUCAUUUCUUCUGCAAGCACCAAUGGUGUGUUUUCUUACCCACACACAUAAUAAUGUUUUUCACUAUCUUCCUCUGGGAGCCUAAAGUCACACAUUUCCAGCCAUAAAACCACACAAGACUUAGUAUUGACCAUCAUUUAGGCCAAAGCUGGCGACAUUUCCUGACUAUGUGGUGAAAUCACAGAUUUUGCCUGGAAACAGUUCAAACUCCUACAACACUGAGGCUUGCCAGAGGAAUUUCAUAGUAUGUGUGUGUUUAAGCAUAUGUGUGUGUGUGUGUAGGAUUUUUAUGCAUCAUUUCAAAGCGAACAUGUAUCCUUGUAAUAUUUCAUUAUAAUACCAUGGCAGUUCUGGUUGUAUUAGUCAAAUCUUGCCCCUCUUUUGUAAGAAAAUAAAAAAAGCAUAAUAGCU